AUGCUUACGUGCAUAGCUCGUCCCAAGAAACCUGAUGAGUCAGAUCCGAACAACGCGACGAGCGCCGCUAAAUCGCAAGCCAUUAAAUCCCUCACUUCUCAGAUAAGGGAUAUGGCGUUGAAGGCUUCAGGAGCGUACAAGCAUUGCGCUCCUUGCACGGGGCCAGCGGCGCAGGUGGGAGUGCGGAGUAACACCGAGUCGGACGCGGACUCCGACCGGUUCCGGUGGUCGUACCGGCGAACAGGGAGUUCGAGCUCGACGACGACUCGGACGUGGGGGAAGGAGUUGGAGGCCCGGCUGAAGGGAAUAUCGAGCGGGGAAGGGACGCCAAACUCCGCGAGUGGACGGCGGGUGGAGCCCGUGGUGCUUUUCGUGGAAGAGAACGAGCCGAAGGAGUGGGUGGCGCAGGUGGAGCCUGGUGUUUUGAUUACGUUCGUGUCGUUGCCACGUGGCGGGAACGAUCUCAAACGCAUACGGUUCAGUCGAGAGAUGUUCAAUAAAUGGCAAGCUCAAAGGUGGUGGGCAGACAACUACGAUAAAGUUAUGGAACUUUACAAUGUUCAAAGGUUUAGCCGCCAAGCAUUCCCUCUUCCGACGCCACCAAGAUCUGAAGAUGAGAGCUCAAAGCUUGAAUCAGUAGAAGACAGCCCUGUAACACCUCCACUGACCAGGGAACGGCUACCUCGUAAUAUUUACCGUCCAACAGGGAUGGGAAUGGGAAUGGGAUACUCAUCCUCGGAUUCCUUUGAUCAUCAGUCAAUGCAAUCCCGGCAUUUCUAUGAUUCAAAUUGUAUGAAUUCUACCCCAAAAGUAUCCACCAUUAGUGCGGCCAAGACGGAGAUAUCAUCAAUGGAUGCUUCUAUCAGAAGUAGCUCAUCCAGAGAGGCUGAUCGCUCGGGUGAUUUAUCAAUCAGCAAUGCUAGUGAUUUUGAAACUGAGUGGGUUGAGCAGGAUGAACCUGGGGUUUACAUUACAAUCAGAGCAUUACCAGGUGGUGCAAGGGAGCUCAAACGUGUCAGGUUCAGCCGAGAAAAAUUUGGAGAGAUGCAUGCUAGAUUGUGGUGGGAGGAGAACCGUGCCAGAAUACAUGAACAAUACUUGUGA